GCCACGCCGCGCUGCUUGCCGUGCUUUAUUUUUUUCGUUUUUUGGUUGUCGCGUGAAAGCAAGAGGACGAAGCGCAAGACGCCACCGGCCGCCCCUUCCUGAAAAAAAGCCGGCAGCGUCAAAACUGCGCGCUCAGGACACCCACGAGAACACCGGCGAACUCCCAGCACGAUCUCGGCGGUCGACACCACUGCCGCAUGGACAAGGCUAGCGCCACGGAAGUGUACCAGCCGAGUGCCGCCCAGACAGCAGCGAGAAGCGACGACACAGCCCCAGCCGCAGCUAGCGCCAAGCCUCCCACGACAGCGGCUGACCAAGCACAAGGUCAUCAUGACGUCCUCCAAAAGACAGCGGACGUCGCCACCGCCCAAGACGCCACUCGUGGAGCAACUCAGGAACCAGCGAAGCCUUCAUCACCACAGGAGGUGGUUGGUGAUUCCGCAAGGACUGCACCGGAACCAUCAGUGAUUGCCGCCGGAGGGGGCGAGAAGCCAGUGUCUCCGGCGAAGAGCCCUUCGUCUGACGAGAAGAAAUCAUCCGGUGACGUCCCCAGUACAUAUCUUGAGCGAAAAAGAGUCUCUACCGAAGUGCCAGUAAAGACGCCUGUGAUGGAGGACAAAGCGGAACGAGUGGGACCAGAAAUGGAAUCGCAUGAGGUGUCUCAGCUGGCCCCAGUGGCCGAUCGAGACGGUGCAGUGCCUUCGCAAGAGAAGCAGCAAAAGCAACCCCAAAGUGAUAGUAGCGUAUCUAAGGAACCUGACAAGGACGUUGAAGCAGUGAAAGACAGUGAUGCGAAAGACAAGGCGGCAGAAGCCGUCCAAAAAUAUCACGAAACAUUGGAAGAGAAGACCGGUGCCAAAAGUGCAGACGUCACCGUGGCGGCCGGUGCGGCUCACGAAGAAACCCCAACGGCGCAAGCCAGUAGCGCAGCUCCGGAUGCAGCCCCAAGCGAACAAGCAAAAGCCACCUUGAGCGCUGCAGAGGUGGCCGAAGGCAAGACGGAGUACGCAAAGCCAUUUCUUACGGCGGCCGGAUUGUCCCCCGAGACGUGUAAAUCUGUCGCGGACGCCGGCACUAAGCCUCCGCAGGAACAUGUGAGUCCCAGUGGAGACGGCGAGAGUUUACGACCCGCUGAAGAUGCUAAACAGCUGGUUCCGGACGACACUAGGCCCAAAUCUUCCAUUCCGCCACCACCAGUAUACGAGGCACCACCAAGGACUAGCUCGGGAAAGGAUAAUGCAAAAGAGCGACAGGAAACUGAGGAGGUCGAACGGCAAAAGGCCCAAACACCGGAAUCCCCAGUGGAUAGACUAAAAGAAAAUAGUCCUUUAGUGGCAACGGGGCUGCAAGAAGUGGACGAAUCAAUUAUGCCAAUGACGGCGUGCCAUACUGGCAUGAUGGAGAUGACGUACCCGGAUGCAAUACGGAAAGAAUCGGCGCCUAGAGAAGCAUACUCCAGCGGCGCCAGUGCAUUAAACGAUCUAUUAGACGAGGAAGCAAUCAGAGCGCAGUUAUACCCUUCCGAUCUGAAUGAAACGAAAGCAGAGGAAGCCAGCAAACCGCAUUCCGCAGCAAAUAAGGCCGAGAAGAGUUUGGGCGACAGUCAUCUGAAGUCCACCGUGUCAGGUGCAGAACCAGACGCCAAAACAGACGCAAAUCCCAAAAAAGAGCACGAUGAAUCUCGAGUUGCUGGUGGUGCUGAUGAGAAAGUAGGUGAGCAGCGAAAAUCAUCAGUGGUGGAAGCUUCCCAGGAAGAAACGGUUAUAGCUAGCAAAGAGGUCACUAAAGAAGAGAAGCCUGAGAAAAACGAGACAGAAGUGUUUCCCUCACCUGCUACUACGCAACAAACGGAAGCACCUCAAAAAGAAGAGAAAGCAGCCGGCAAAGUCGAAAACGUCGAUGACACGACGUCAGGUAAAAAGCCUGAAGCUGCUAUUCAGGAAAGCAAGGUCACCGAAACGGCUCCGCCAAAGGAUAGUGUCGAACGAAAGGAGGAGAAGGCGAUAGAUGCCGACAUUGAAGAGGAGCAGAAGGAAAAAAAUGCAGAAAAAGUCGAGAACGUUGCCAUGGACGAUGACUCUAAAGAGGUAGGUGCCUCAGAUGCUGCAGAGAAGUCCAGCGAGCCUGGUUCGGCGAAGGAAGAAACCACGCAAGUUCAUGAUGUCGCCGCAGAGAGUGACAAGCCGUUGAAGGAAGCCGAACGCGCUAACGAAGACGAUGCAGAAAAAGACACGUACAAACCUGCGGAUUCUCUGGAACCGGGCGUCAGUGGGCAGUUACAAGCACAGGAAACCGGAGACACCUUGUCGAAAGAAAAAGUAGUGACUGAAAACGUACCAAAGGAGGUAGCGAGGGAGCCAGAUGAGCUCGAAGUUCGAGAGCUUCCUCCAGAAGAAAUAGAAAAGAAAGACGAGGGUACUGCAAAAGAACAAGCUGCAGAGCCAAAAGUUGCAGAAGCUGUGUCAAAGCCAGAGGACAAAGGAAAAGAAACUAAGUUGGUGGAAGAAACAGUAGAGGGGCAAGUAGAAAAGGCAGUGUCAGAUGCUCCAGAAGAUGCUACUCCGGAAGAAGCUCCUGUCACUGCUCAAUCCAAAGAAGGCGUUCCAGAAGUGACCAAAGACAAAGCGGAAGUUUCUGAGGAAGCAGUAGUGAAGACAGACAAUGUUUCCUAUACUACAGCAGUCAAGGAAGAAGCAGCCCAACCCGAGUCUACAGAUGAGAGCGAAAAAGAAAAGACAGAAAAGGAAGCACCUGAAUCUGGCGACAAGGAGGCAAAAGAAGCAACAACAAAGAGUGAAGUUGAUGAAAAAGAAGGUGAGGAGCCAAGCAGUGUCAUGCCAGAGGAUAUUGAGGAAGUGACGGAACAGCAACCAAAGAGUGAAGGUGGUGAAGAAGCAGUCCCUGCCACUGAAGCUGCACCCGAAGCUACCAACGAAGAGAAGAAAGAUUCUGAACCUGCCGAAGAAAGUGAAAAGCCAGCGGUAGAAGCAGCGUCCGAGGCAAAGAGCGAAGAAACCAAUGACGGGGCAGCUCCUUCCGAACUCGAGUCAGCGCCGCCUGCAGAAGCAGUGAAAAAGAAGACCGGCUUGCCCAAAUCCCCGUCCAAGCGUGCGACGGGCAAAGGUCCACCGAAGACUCUCGACAAAAAAGAGACUUCAGCAGCUGCGGAUGCAAAGGCCAAGACGCCCAGCUCUCCCAAGAAGCCCAGCAGCAUUCAGGAAAAGGGCGGGCCAUCGCCCAAGAAGGCUGCGCCGACCAAGAAUGGUGUCACCUCGCCAUCCAAGACGGCAAGGACACCGGGCUCCGAGCAGAAAAAACUGCCUCCGAUCAAGGCUCCUGUGGGACAAGCACCCAAGCCCGACCUGAAGAACGUGCGCUCCAAGAUCGGCUCGCUGGAAAACAUCAAGCACAAGCCUAAAGGCGGGGAAGUCAGGGUGACGACGCAGAAGCUGGAAUGGCGAGCCGCGUCCAAAGUGGGCUCUCUGGACAACGCGGCUCACAAGCCGGGAGGCGGAGACAAGAAGAUCCUCUCGCAAAAGCUCGAGUUCAAGGCGCAGUCGAAGGUCGGGUCGCUGGACAACGUCGACCACAAGCCGGCCGGUGGCCAAGUGAAGGUGGAGACUCAAAAACUGGACUUCAAGGACAAGGCGUCGUCCAAGGUUGGCUCCUUGGACAACGUCAAGCACAAAGCGGGCGGCGGCAAUGUAAAGAUCUUGUCGGAGAAGCUCGAGUUCAAGGAAAGGGCAGCUUCGAAGAUUGGCUCCUUACCAGCCUCGGAUGCGGGAAGCACAAGAGGCUCGGAAUCGCUAAGUCCCACAAACCUGACCAGUCCUCACCCGGCGCAGUCGCAGCAAAGCCAGGAGGACGACGUUGCUGCCAAUGGCCAUGAGUCGGACAUCUCUCCCACCAAGGAGGAAGUGGCAGCGCCAUCCAGCGGCGUCCCUGCGUCAGCGCCGCCACCUGAAGUGGCCCAGUGUUGAUCCGCUAUCGAGGGGCCGCAAGAGGAGAAGACAAUUGUAGAGACCGCGCGGAAAUUGCUCGUGGCCCACGCGAACUAGCAGUGUCGCCCACCUACACCUCUGUUCGCCGAGCAGGCGUGCCAUCGUUUGCCAAAUCCUCUCGCCAGGAGAUCUUGCAUAUUGUAGACUGCACAAGUAGCAGCCACUCACAAACGGUUGACAUACCUAGCAGUGGGUUGCACAUUUUUGAGCACAAGUCGUAAAUGCGGCUGUUAAGGAUUUACUGGAACUAAGCGAACGGCCCGUAAAAAUUAUCGUGGCUGGGCUUUACGAAUGAGAAAUAGUAGAGUUGCCAGAGUUGUUCCUUUACAGGCACAGUUGAAGGUCAUUUCCACAGACAGCUAUUGUAGGAAACGUGCACUAUAAUAGAAAAAGAAAUAUACUUUGACUGAGUAUUUUCCUCGUUUCACUGCGUGAAAAACGAUGUAUUGAAAACCCGCCACUACUGAUGGCCUACGAUAGAGGGCUGCUGAAGCCACAUCGCAAGAACUGUGCCACUUUAGGCUUGUCCAGUGAGUGCAGUUGGGAACUUGAUGAACGGCAACGGUGAAGCAAGGUGCGGUCGGCCCUUAAGGCAGUUUUCUCAAUUAAAAAUAAGUACAUACGUACAGACUACCCCUGUAUGGUCACUUUACUCAACAAUAACAGGAAAGCUGCAUGUGAAGCCUACAGGAGAGAAAAACGUCACGCUAAUGUUGUGACGAUCGUAAUAUCAUACUCUAAGCCCACUAUUUUAUAACAGAUAAGCGAAGACUUCCGUGAAAAAGGUAUAAAGCAGAUGCAGCGUAUUCAAAUGAAAAGCCCUGAUGAUAACAGUCGAAGUAACGCGGACGGCCUCAUCCUUGUACGAUAUGAUCUGGUAUCGUGCAAAAAGAACGAAAUGUUUUCAAGAUGGACAUGGUACGAAGAAGUUUGUGUCACAAAAGUAUGGGUAGACAAUAAUUAAUGAACUUAGUUGAAACGCAAAUUUUUCGUCCUCCCGAAGGUCGGAACAGCUUUUAGUAGUUUCAUAAGCGCACAUAGCUUCUUACGAAUCCUUAUAGACCAGAAAUUCAAAAGAGAACAAAAUAUAUAGGGAAGGAAUGGUCACUCGACCACUUGUGAGAAGGCAGUGAAAUAUUUGCGAAUCUGCCAGAAAGCGUGGCCACGAGCAUUUCUGGAAAAGCAACUGGACGAUUGACAUAGCCAAACAGACAAGCGCCAUUCUAUAUAACAAAGUAUUCCUGUUAUUUUACCUCGUAUUCGCGAGUCAGACAAGCAGUAAUGAUUUUUUCGCCUUUCUAUAGAAAAACAACGCAUAACGUCAUGGUCCGUGCAUGUAAAGGACUUGAACAUUCUUGUUCCGUUAUGUUCCCACACAACUUACUCCUCUUUAUUUCGUGAAAAGUUCUUCCGUGUUUGCCCUGAUUUCAAGGUGCACAACCUUUUUUCAUGUGCCGUGAGAUUCAGAGUGACUUGUAAAACUGCCGAAAUGAAAAAGAAGCGUCGGUCUGUUUUAUCUUCUCCCGAUAACUCCACUUUACACUUAUAGAUAUUCGUAAACAGCCGCACUGAAGGAGAUGGUGUGCCAUUACCAAGAAAUUGGGUCGGAACUCCUCUAUAUAUACUGUGGCGGGUCAGGUAGCGUUUCAAACGAAACGUUGCAGUUUCAUGCUAGAGCAUCAAAUAUUCAGUCAUUUUCAAGAGCCUGAAAUCCCCACAUGGUUCCUCGUAUUUCCUAAAGAAUAUAAAUGUAGUCACUGGAAAACCUCUUAUUUUAACGGUUACUUGUUUUCGUGGUGCAUACUGUAACAUGUUGUACUUCUUCCACUACCCUAUUUGUUCCCCUGGCCUUACGACUCUUAUUACCUAACAAAAUCUGUGUAACUGUGACGUAGGUAUAGUCGUUAACCGAAGUACCGUAGUCACAGAAACUUGCCUAGUGCAGUUUAAAACCACUUGGUGGGGCACACUGGAGACUGAGAAAGGCGCUAUUGCUACGGCUACAAUAGCAAGACAGGUAUGUCCGUUCGUCAUAACGACAGAUCAUCGUCUCGUACAACAGCAGGAGUUUUCGUGUCGUUAUAGCGUCAUAGCUCAUAGGAAUACUACGAUCGUAAAAAAGAUGCAGCACAAGUUCUCCUGAUUAUUUUUCCUGUCUUGUCUAGUCUUUCUUCUGAGAGCACAAUAAUAUACCGUAACAGUUGUUGUACUGUGACUGCCUUUCUAAUACAGCUUAUAUCGGUACUCGCUUAUGUGCCCUGUUGGUUAUCUAGGGUUCAUGACCACCCGGAAGCCUGUUCGUUUUUUUCUAGUAAUCAGCCAAGCAGCUACCCCGAUCUUGUAGCUUUAGUCCUCGUGUUUAUACAUACAGACGUAUCGAAAUGCAGGACGCGCGCUGCUUCAAACUUAUCAGAACACAGCGGCAGGGUGCGUGCUCGUUUCUUUGCAGCGGUAAGAGAGACAUUUCACAAGAUCAGUGGCUGCAAAUGUAAUCGGUUGCUUGGCUGAUAACACGUAUGCGAUAAAGAGUGCCUGUGUAAGUCUAGCUGAACGCUGUGGCUUGCUCUGUAAAGGACGUGCUAAAUGAUUUUUCGAGGCUUAGAAGAAGACUUCGUCGCUAGGAAAUAAAUAUUGUAUGUGUGUACGUGGUCUUUAAGUAUAACAUAGUACUGAGCAUACUAUUCACUCUGUUUAUUUUCGUAACGUGUACUUAUUGCCUAGUUAAUAAACCAACAUUAUUUGAGAGGCUACGCUGCUAUCUACAAUACACGUGCACGUUCGUGCUUUUAAGGUGAUUGUGUAUUUGUUAAAGAGCUUUAUCGCAAUGCCCGUUCCUUCUGAACAUGGCGACAUUAGCCAAACGUUACGAGAUUAGUAUUUCAGAUGUCCUGGCUUCAUCAAAGACGUUCCAGGGCGCGUCAUUCCGAGUGAAUACAAUGUGAGAGCCUCGUCGACCCCAGAAUCUACAAAAAAAUUUCUAUCACAAAAUAUCAUCUCGUUACGCCAUGACGUCAUAGCCACGCUCACGCCUCUAACCUCUCCAACGCGUACGCGACAAACGCGCUGAAUUAUCGCGGCUCUAAGCAAACGGCAGAGGUCCCAUACUCCUGGUGUAACGCCCACUUUUGACGUCACAGCGUGGUCUUCGACCCCCGCCAUACCUUGCCUAUCCCUUCAGCUUAAGCGGGCCUGCUCCACGCAGCUCCGACUCGAUUACUGCUCCCCCAAACAUUUAGACGGUGCACUACUCGGCGUCAGGUGUAAGCGAACAGAUCUGCUAGACUUUGCUUGUAUAUACAAAAAUGUCUGGCAAUCUUUAAGGCGUUCAAUUUCGAAGAAUAUACCCGAACUAUCUUGCAGAAUAAAACUCCUAGUUCUUGUAAGAAAUAAACUAAUCGUCAUGUUCCACCUUAUCCGGGUCACAGUCUUAAGUAUACCUGGAUGCUUCGAAGUUGCUUAAAUUGUAUGUCACUAUCCCGAUGUUGUCAAUGUAACCAGCGUGAGCUUUUAUUGUUGAAAAGCGUGAUGAAGCACUGUGUUAAUGCGCGAGCCAUGCUCUUCUCUUUGUGCGUUGUCUCUUGUGGAAAAAAAAGAGCGAAGGCUGAAUUGCUGUUGACCUAUUUACAGCACAACUUGUGGCUGUGCUGUGGAAACAGUCAUGGCUGUUCUAAAAGAAAGUGAGCUACAUUCCUUUGGCCAUUUCGUAAAGCACGUUGAUUUUUUGGAGAGCCAUGCACACAUUUUGCUAUACUUGUAAACUGUUACGUGACAAUGUCAACGUGAAAUAAAUGGGAAUUGUAAUAAUCAUGGGUCAAUGGAUUCCAUUAAGCAAGAUGUACAUCAUUUUGAAUAUUGCCUGCCAUGCUUAGUCGUGCGAUCAAGGUUAUCUGCUUAAAGAGUGCCGACUGUCAUAAAAGAUGUAGCGGUGUGAAUAUGUUAGAAUAAAACGAAAAUGUCAUUAUAUCUUUCUUCUAGUUCAAACUGACGCUUCAAGUAAGGUUGAGUGAAAGGCGGCUCCCUGUGUGACGAAACAGUUAUUGAAGUCGGGAAGUUUAGAAUUAAGGCUGUGUGGUCACACUACAAAAUUCGGUUGCACAGGGCAAUAUUCACGGUGGAAUGCCUCUUGCAUGAUGGACUUCCACGCUCUGUGUAAGAAGUCUGUGCUGCUUUGGUGUGAUGCGCUUUGCGUCGUGUAGAACUGCGAAGAUAAUGUAUGAAAAUAAGAGCGCGCUCGUACUAUACAUAUACACGUAGAGCCUGCCCUCAGCAGAGUUCAUGUGCCAUUUUGUAUCAAGUAUUUUAUAAGAAUUGUGCACAGUGCACCAUAGCAAGCUUCUCCUGCGUUCGCUUGGGCACGGCGUUACUGUUGUCGAUAAGUUUACGUUUUUUUAUUGAUGUAUAGCUUAAUUUAUUUAAAAAGAAAGGCGUUUGAGGGCAAUACGUAGUGUACACAUGCUGUUGACGAUCUCUAUAGAGUGAUGUCAAAGCACUAGCUAAAUUUCAGUAAUGAAAAAUCUUACCUUAUAUACAUUUUUAAAUAUACAAAUGUAGCAUGAACUUCACUGUGCCUAACUGUCGACCAACUUUAGUUAGAGCUUUAUUUUGUUGAAUAACUACAGAGAGCCUGUAGAAGAGCUGACUGAAAACGAUUGUUGCAACAUGCAGUAUUGCUGUCGCAAGUUUGCUUGCUUUUAGGGUUCGACGAAAGCAACGUGACGAUGGGACGGUUGCGUUUGAUCAUUUAUGUUUCAAGGUAUGAAGUGUUACUGCGAGAUUUUUUUGUGCUGUUCACUGUCUCCAAGAUUUGCCGUGCUUCGAAAGUGAUAAGCCUGAAUGAAUGUUAACUGCCAAGAAACAGUAUAGCACGUAAUGAAAAAACGACGACAAUGAUUAUCAGGUUGAAGCUACUACCACUUCCUUACAACCACAUAUGAUGGGUAUUCACCCAGCUCUGGAACUUAAAAUCCCAAUGGCGUGGUCUAGUCUGAACAUAAAUAAACGUGGUGAAGUUACUUCUCGGUUAUACCGUUUUGCGUUCUGCAACCAGCAAUUUUUUUCUUUGGUUAAUCACUCCAGCUCUGCUGUGAUGAUCGGGUCGUUGUUGAAUUUGAAGGCGUGCUAUGCAUUGUUUGCCAAAUUUCAUGUGUUGAUACACCACCAAUAUACCUGUAUCUAAACAGGAAACUGUAUUUUGUAGACCCAAUAAAUCAUAGAAAUUAACGAUCACUGUGAA